UUACGCGCAGUGUCGUUAUUGUUCCUUAUCAGUUCUUCGUUCUGUGACCAAUCAUUUGUAAUUUUAUUUUAAUAGCCAAGCGAAUUUGUUUCUCUUCUCUGCUAUCAGUAGCAACUACAACAAAAGACUGAAGAUUGUUGAAUAGUAUUAAGUAGGAUAAGGUGGUUAUCUUUUCUAUCGGAGGGUUUGAUAUUACUGGCCAACAUUGCAUCAGUUCAGUUCAAUUGCUCCAGUGGUAGGUAGCGACUCCAUGAACACAGUGCUCAAGAUGACUGCCAAACGACAGCUCUUCCUGAUGUCCUCGUCGGCCGUGCACGGCUACGAGUACCUCCAGCACGCCGAACAGGAUCUUAGCAACUAUUUCAAAAAAAAUAAUGUCAGCAAGGUGCUGUUCGUCCCGUACGCCCUAGCCGAUUACGACCGGUACACGGAAAAGGUGGGAACCGUACUGAAACGAUGGGGCUUUGACUGUGAGGGCGUUCACAGCGCACCGGAUCCGGUGGCAGCGGUCCGGGAAGCUCAAGCCAUCUACAUCGGAGGUGGGAACACGUUUCUGCUGUUGAAGACCUUGUACGAUCGCGGUCUGGUCGAGCCCAUCCGGGAUCGUGUUCUGAACCAUUCGGUGCCUUACGUGGGCAGUUCGGCCGGAACGAACGUGGCCACCAGGAGCAUUCGGACGACGAACGACAUGCCGAUUGUGUACCCGCCGUCGUUCGAUGCCCUGGCGCUGGUGCCCUUCAACAUCAAUCCGCACUACCUGGAUCCGGAAGUGGGUGGAACGCACAAGGGCGAGACUCGGGAGGAACGGAUUCUGCAGUUUCACGAGCAGAACGAGGUGCCCGUGUUGGGGCUUAGGGAAGGAAGCACUCUGGUGGUAGAUGGCGAGAAGGCGACGCUGAUCGGGACGCGCAAGGCACGGCUUUUUAGGAAAGGGAUGGAACCGGAAGAGCUCGAGACCGGUUCGGACUUGAGCUUUUUGAUGAAACUGUGAGGUGAGAGUGUUGCUUGGGUUGAGUAUUAAUAACACGGUUGAAUUUA